AUGUCUUCUCCUCCCGUCAAUCUGCCCACCUGGCAAGUGGUUGCCGGUAUCUUCCUGUCAAUCACAUUCAUCAUCCUGAUCGAGAAGGUGUUUGGAAUCCACGUCAAUGUUCGCUACAGUCAAGGGCCUAUGGCCACAUUCCCAGGAUGGGCCCAUGUCCUCGGGCCGGGCGAAUCCCAAACCACACUUCUUCAUCGUUGGAUCGAAAUGCAUCGGAACCAGCAGGCGCAGGACAACCACAACAACAUCAAGUCGAGGCAGCUGGCUGUGGACGCAUGA